GCAUGCGCAGAAUGCGCAAGGUCCAAAUGUAAAUGCAUUUCGAGACCCGGUGGUGCCUGUGAGCGAUGUGAUCGCCUAAAAAAGAUUUGUCUGCCAGGACAUUCAUCCCGAGCACGACAGGCGCAACGCAAUAAUCCGAUCGCCCGGCUGGAUCAACUCGAGGGUAAACUCGAUAACCUCGUCUCAAUAUUAGGAUCUGGUGGAGCUUUGAGCUCCCCAUCUCCUGGCACAAAUAAUUUAUCGCCACCUAUCUCUAACCCCAGCACAUCAAACUCAUGGGGUGUAUCGACCGGUCCAGCAUCAUCAGCUUCCACAGUCGUCGUUGAGACUUCACCAGAGCAGCACCUAAGUUAUUUCCGAAACCAUCUUCUGAAAUAUUUCCCUUUUCUACAUAUACCCCCAGAAACAGACGCGCAUCAACUAAGCCGAGAUCGGCCCUUCUUGUGGCUUUGCCUAGUAGCUGCAGCUUCUCAAUCAACACAGACGAAGCUCGCGCUAGGCGACAGAAUCAAGCAAGAAGUGAUACGACGUAUUUUCCUUGAUAACGAGCCUACUAUCAACAUUGACCUACUUCUCGGUCUCUUGAUCUUUCUUGCCUGGGGACACAAUCAACUCCUCAAUUCCAACCCUGCUCAACUAGCUAGGUUCACGCAGCUAGCGACAACGCUGGUAUUUGAUCUUCGCUUGAACAAAUCUCCGCCGGAAGAGUCCAACAUGCUACCCAUCAGCCAAUGCGUGAUUCCCUCUAAAAAUCUGCUGCGGUCCCUCGAAGAAAGGCGAGCCGUCCUAGGGUGCUAUGUCCUUAGCUCAAUUGUUUCUGUGUACUUUGGCCAUAUUGACCCGAUGCAAUGGACGCCUUACAUGGACGACUGCAUCAACGCGUUAUUGCAAAGCAAGGAAUCUCCAUACGAUGAGAUUUUCGUCCACCAAGUCAGGCUGCAGCGUAUUGUCGGAGAAGUCGAGAGUGUUAGAGAGGAAACAAAGGCUCCACCGGACUUCUAUUUGAGAUUUCUCCAGCAGAAAGUGGACGAAGUCAAGGCUAGCAUGCCGCCACGGCUGCAGCAGGACCGCGUACUUUCUGCCUCAGUGUUCUACACUGAGCUAUCCAUUUUCGGCCUAGUCCUCUCCCGCAAAAGCCCGCCAGGUUUCCAACGCCUCGAAUACCUCUACUCAUGCCUCGACACGGUCAAAUCAGCAACAGAAAACUUUCUCACAAUCCCAAUCUCCGACUAUCCAGGAAUAUCAUUUCCAGUCUUCACACAACUCGUUCGUUACAUCAUCGUGCUAUACAAGCUCUCAACUCUAAAUGAUCCCGUCUGGGACCUUAAUCUGGUCAGAGGGAGUAUCGAUGUAAUCCAAGUGAUCGACCAAGUUAUCAAAAACAUUGAGCAAUCAAUGUCAGAUCUUGGUGAGCAAUGUUCCGGCGGAACUCUUGAACGGGCUAUAGGUAUAUUUACCAGGUUCAAGUCAUGGUGUUUGCCAAAUCUUCCCGCGGGAGUUGGUGCGGCAGCACGCGAGGCUGAAAAUAUUGACUUUUCGGGGAUGGGAGGGGGUAAUGCACAGCUUGAUGCUCUUUUCUUGGAGGACUGGUGGUUGAAAGAUAAUCUGUUCUACGGGUUGGAGGCAAAUGAAAUGGCAUGA